GCGUUGUUUUGGCAUUAUUCAAUUGCUCACGAAGUUUCCGGGUGUAGUGAUUAUUUUUUCUGCAUUUUUUCUACAGUUUUCUGAUCUCUUCUAAAACUUUACAAAAAAUACAGGAAAAUGGUCGCAACAUCCUGAAACUUCGUGAGGCAUUAAAUAAUUGAAUAACGCAAAAACAAUAUAUUUUCCGCAUCAAUCCGAUCGACAAUUUAUCAGUGACAUUUUGAAAAUUUUUGGUUUUUCGGGGUGAUAGUUGUAUUUUUUUUUCACAGAAAUACAGGCACAAAGCAAGUGGAAAUCUCUGGUGAAGAAAUUUAAGAGUGAAAAUGCUCGUGUUCAGCUUCGUCGAUCAGGUGACGGUUUAGAGGACACCUACAAAUCAACUUGGCCCUAUUACGAGUCGCUGACAUUCCUAGGCAGCUCAGUUCUCCCCAAUUUCUCAAGUGGAAAUUUGGAAAUCGGUGGUGACGUCAAGCCGGAGCUGAACGACGUCGUGACUGAGGAAUCAUCCUGUAACGAAGUUGUUCAGAAAAUGUCAAAAAAACACUGCGACAUUGCUGAGGAGAUUCUACGUAUGCAUAACGAAAAAUUCGCAUUGUUGGAAAAAUCUGUGACCAGCAAUGUACGUGGGACCAGUUCACUGGAAGAUGACAAACACAACAUGGCAUUUUUUGAAACCCUUCUGCCGACAUUGCGGGAAGUCCCCAAAGAGGAUAUUUUGCUCUGCCGGAAUGACGUUUCCCAGGUGAUUUUCAAGUACGCCUACAAAAAUGCUACUUGGAAAUCGAUAAAUGACUCUGGAUCUUCUGACAGUUCGCUCAACAGAUCAACAUUACCAAAGAGGAGGAGACAAUUGGCAAAUGAAGAUGAUGAUUGCCAAAUCAUAAGCUCCUGUUCACCUCGCUCAGCCGUCAAACACAAUGCUUUUGUUAAGAAGGAGAAGAAGUAUGAGCCCACAGCGAAAGAACGUGAAAUGGAGCAUCGGAAUAGCGAAAUGAUUCGACUUGGGUAUGACAGGUUUUCAUAUCCUCCUCAACCUCUCUGGAAGUGGGAUCAUAUGUACCAGCAGCAAUUUCCUCGAUACCCUACACCACGUCAUCUUCAUUCGAUGGAGAAUCAGGAGUGGUUCGGUGAAGAUAGGACUCCAAGACCAAUGCCUCAAUCUGCUGCAGACCCUGCUAGGUUCACAAACCCACCUCUACCAAUCCAGCCUCUUUCUGCAUCUGAGCCAGUCGCGAAGCAAAGGCUGGUAUGUGAGGAGCAUUCUCUCAUUUCGACUGCAACCAUGACGCAGCUUGAAGUAAACAAGGAGAAUCAGAAUAUGGGAUCUGAGAGUGGCCGAGAUCCUGCAGUGGAUUAAACUUUGGCUUUUUGGGAGUUUUCUUGGGAGAUUGGUGAUGUUUUACGGUAUAUUUAAUUUUCAGAAUGUUACCUCAUUUCCACGGUUUGGAAUAAUUAUAUUUUGAUAAGAAAAAAUAAUACUUGCUGAGUUUUGA